CAUCAUGCUGAUCCCAUACAGAAGCUCUCAAGACACAGACCCGCAACAACCACACCUGCUCCUUCUUCACACUCACAUCAGCUUCUCUUAGCCCUGCUCUUCUUUUUUUCUUUUUUAAAUACUCUGCUGUGGCACAAAAUGCGAGGGGCAGCGUUGUCUGUGUUUCAGCAGAAGCAGGGGACACUAUAGGCUUGUCGGAUUACAUGUGCCUCCUUGCUGGCAUGCCUGGCGGUCACACUACUUCCAGGACCCUGGACAGCAACCGUAUCCCAUUGCUGGAAAGCUCAUCGUUGUGUUCCCAACACAAGGGGAUAAAAGUCAUCCAACUCCACUGAAAGCAUGUAGGGGGGGGCACUCUCAGUCUCUCUCUCCGCUUGGAACAUUGGGCUCAUGGAUACAUAUUAAGAAAUGAACCCAGCAGAGGUUCUACUGGCGAUUUUCCUGAUUGCUGCUCUCAUCGUGUCCUUACUUGCCAACCUCCUGGUGGUGAUAUGCUUCUUGUACAGCAGCGAGAUCCGCAAACAGGUCUCUGGGAUAUUCCUGGUAAAUUUAUCUCUGUGCAAUUUGCUCAUGACUAUCCUAAACAUGCCUUCCACUUUCCUGGCUAUCGUUAAGCACCAACAGCCCCUCGGCGACAGCCUGUGCCAAGUCAUGGGCUUUCUGGAAACUUUUCUGACUUCUAACACCAUGUUAAGCAUGGCAGCUCUCAGCAUAGACAAAUGGAUUGCUGUAGUGUUCCCUUUAAGUUACACCAGCAAGAUGAGGUAUAAAGAUGCUGUGCUUAUGAUGGGCUAUUCCUGGCUCCAUUCGCUCACCUUUCCUUUGGUCUCUUACUUCUUCUCUUGGUUAGACUACAGUAGCAUGUACGCUUCUUGCACUUUGCAUGCCAAGGAAGAGGCUGACACGAGGAGGUUCAUGGUAUUUACCAUCGUGUUCCAUGCUGCCACUUUCAUGCUCUCUCUGCUUAUUUUAUGUUUUACAUAUUUAAAGGUGUUAAAGGUGGCACGGUUCCAUUGCAGGAGGAUAGAUAUAAUUACCAUGCAAACGCUUGUUUUGCUAGUUGAUCUGCACCCCAGUGUGAAGCAGAGAUGUCUCAGCGAGCAGAAAAGGAGAAGACAGCGGGCUACCAAGAAAAUCAGUGUUUUUAUAGGAUCCUUUGUGGUGUGUUUUGCUCCUUAUGUUGUCACCAGGUUAAUAGAACUUCUUCCCUUCGUAAAAAUAAACCGCUACUGGGGCAUUGUAAUUAAGUGCCUUGCAUACAGCAAAGCUGCGUCAGACCCUUUUGUAUACUCCCUUCUACGCCAACAGUACAAGAACGUUCUGCUGAACAUUGUUAACAGAGUUUUAAAAAGAGAACUCUACCCUUCGUCAGGCUACAACAGCUCCCUGGAUACAGAGAAUGAGUACUGUUUGCACAGACCCAGCUAAGGCCCUUCAAUUGUCUGCUGUCAUAGCAGUAACUUGGUCCUUCAGCAGAGGAACACAUCAUCAUCUUCACUUCUAUAAUAUAAAAGUUGCCAUAACCAAAGGUCACAAUUCUACUUUCUACAUUUUUGUGGUCCCUCAUUGCUUCUUGGCAGAGUUUUGGAUUCAGAUUUCCAAAAGUUCCACUUUAUUUCUCCAUUUUUCUAGAAAUGAUGCCGAAAAAAACUACCAGAACUUAAUCUACCCCUGUUGUAUGCUCAGAAUUGUAGCAUGUAGCUUGGUCCUAGUAAUGACUAAACUAGCUACUAUACUAGCUACUGAACUAGUUAAUGUUGAAGCCAGGCUCACAUAACUCUCCUCAUGGUACACCUGUCUCCAUCAUUAGCUAAUGGAUAGGGAUGGAACUUGCCUAAUGGACAGAGUGUUUGAUAAGCAGCAGUCAUUUAAAACCUACCACUGGGCAUUCAGGCCCUUCAGAACUGGUUGGUAGCUUCUGACCACCCGCCUGACCAAUAUGUGGUCACAACUUGCUGAGAUAUCAGGUUGGGAAAUCCCAUUGGUCUGUACUGACCUGUUGAUGGUGUUCUUGAUCUUUCUUAUGAUCCCAAUGUUGGUCUGGGGACUAAAUAUCAGCUUGACCCACCGCAAGUGUAUUCCCACUUAAUUUAGAAACCAUUUUCAUGUCAAAUACGUUACAUGGGAAAAAAUGGCCAUGUUUUCUUAGCCUUCAAAAUAAAUAACAUCAGCCAUAGUAGACGGUGCUGUUGUGAGAGGUGGUAUAAUUCCACAGGAAAGCUACUAUAUACAAUGCAUCUUCAACAGGUUACUAUGUUUUUAUUUUCAAAUGCAUCAGUUAAUAGCACUCCUCCAUGCCGUAAAAUCUGUUUUUCAAACGAACAAAC